UAUCAAAUUAUUAAUAUAAUUAAUAAAGCUAUUAAAUGUGAAUGAAAAAUAUUGAGAAAUUAUAAGAGAUAAGUGGAAAAAAGCAUGUGUCUUUGUGAUGUGGUCUUGUGUAUUAGUCAAACUCGAAUAGAAAAUAAAUAUAUCUUUCAAUUAAGUAAAUAAGUGAUUAAGGACGUUUUAGCCAUGAAUAUUACUUGUAGUAUAUGCACUGAAAUUUUUGAUGCACAAUCUGAUAUGCAUGUCACAGGUUGUGGUCAUUUAUUCCAUCAUGUGUGCUUGGUGACCUGGUUCGAAAGGUCCAAAAGUAGGUUAUGCCCUAGCUGUCGACAAAAUUGUAACAAAAAAGACAUACAUAAAGUAUUUUUUUCCUUGGCUAAUACUGAUCAUUUAGAAGAUGCAGCCAGUUUACAAGCGAAAGUUGACAAUUUAGAGUUCCAAGCUACAAUAAAAGAACAAGAAAUUAAAAAGCUAAAAACAAAAUUAAGUACUGUAAAGGAACAAUUAGAUGGCCUAAAAGAUAUGGUUAAAGUGCUCGAACAUGAAAAGAAAAGUACAGAAUCUAUGAUACAUGCAUUAAAGGAUCAAAUAUCGUACCUAAAAAUUAAAUGUAAAGAAACUGACAGGCUUUGUAACGAAGUAACAAAACUAAAAUUACAACUUAAAGAUUCAGAAAAUGUUCAGAGGGCUAUUGCAGGAUCAAGAGCUGAAGUUAAUGAAAUGCUUAAAAAUGAAAACAACAUUGAAUCCCUAGCUCUCCUUGCGGCCACUUUAAAAAAGACACUUAUAGAUACAGAUUUACGCAAAAGGGACUUGGAACGUAGGUUGAAAACUACCCAAAACGAAUUAACUACUCUCAAAAGAGAUGCUAAUAAUUUUGAGUGUCAAUUUAAUGAAUUGAAGCAAGAAUACGAACAAAACAAACAAUUUUGGGUUGAAGAGAGACGUGCACUGAAAGAAAAAAUUAUGUCAUCGAAAGAAAAUCUGAAAAAUAAAAGUGAAAUUAGCUCUGAGCCAGUUUUCGAUGGCAACGACACAAUAACGCCUUUGCCAGAAAGAGUACACAAUAUUAACAAUUCAGAUUCACCGUAUUUAACUGCUAAAAGUAGUAUUGCUGGAUUUGAUAUAUUAAACACAAAAUUUAUAAAUAAGGCAUCAUUAUCAGCUAAGCACAAAACAACCAAACCGGGUCCAAAAAGACUCGAAGAUAUAAAAAUAGUUAAGUCAUCGAAGCCAGAAGACGUCGAUUAUAACGGAUUAGGAGGAUCGAGCAGAGAUGACGUUUUCCCUGAUCCAUUGAAAGUGUGCCCUAAAAAAGGUAUAAAGAGACACCAACCGUCAGCUACCAUCAGUUCCUUGAAAUUUAGAAAACUUGCCCCAAACCCCCAGAAAAAACUUACCGAUAUGAACUUCGGUGGUGGCUCUGCGUGAAUGAACCUUCCCUAUGAUUUUUGUGUCUGUUUGUGUUUUGUUGAAUUUAUUUUAUUUUAUGUUUAGUAAAUUUUAUUUUUGAAAUUGUG